AUGUCUGAAAAAGAUUUUACAGAUGAGGAGCAAAGUGCAGCUGCAUCGGUUCUUAUUAGCCAGCAAGAUCCAAUGAUCAACAUAUCUUGGAAAUUAGUUGUGGCGACUAUCAGGAAAAUUGUAAAACCAGGUUCAAAGGCUAUUCUGGAACCUUUUUGA